AUGCUCAGUAUCAACAGCACUAUUGCCUUCGCUCUGGCAUUUCUUGAGCUCUGCAGUGCUCAGACAGCCAUUGGCUUUGGGCCAUACUUCUCUUUGGGCCCUGUUUCUACCUCGUCUUGGAUCCGGGAGUCCACCACAACGUUAGUCUUACCAGCGAUUCCAUCGCCCCGAGCGGAUCGCCUUGCUCUGUGGCCCGGCUCACAACUAGGAGGAAAGCAAGUUCCAGCAAACCCUGGUGAUCACUUGACGAUGCAUUACAAGUACAAUGAUCUCACCGGCAAUUACGACCAAACUGUCGCCAUCAACGGCGUUGUCGUUUCUACCCUCUCCACCAAUGACGGGCAUGCUCAGGGUUGGGGUACAGCCGUCGAGUGUCAGGAAAAGGCCUGUAAGAGCAAUGUGCCAGCUCAUCGCUACCUGGCCACUACGAUCAUAUUGGAUUCCGCGGAUCCAGCCUUUGGUAAAACGCUCGCUAUCAACGAAGCCACUUCAAGCGGUCUGACAACAAAGGAUGGUGGUAAGACUUGGGCUGUGUCUACCAUUGACAUUGGCUCCCACACUUUCAACCUCUGA